AUGGUUUCGGUUGAUUCCCAAGUUGAAAGCUGCUCAUUUUGUCAAGCACCCAACAAAUGGAGAGCUAGAUUUGAGAAAAUGUAUGACAGAAUCAUCACGAAUUCUUUGGCCAAGGUCCCGGCAGACGCGGUCACCCUCUUCAACGAUGCCGCGGUCCGGAACCGUCUUCAGCUUCGCGGGGGCAACCUUCUUCACAGGGCGUCACCUUCGCAGAAACCCCAACCGCACAAGGCUCGAAGAGAGAUCACUAUUAACCAAGAACGAUGCCUCCAUCACUGGCUCUGCCUCGUGGCCGUGAUCUGGCUCGAGACCAUCGCUGGGACGAACACCAACUUCCCGGCAUACUCCUCGCAGCUCAAGCAAGUCCUCUCCAUCUCCCAGGUCCAGCUCAACAACCUCGCCUUCGCCUCCGACACGGGCAAGCUCUUGGGGUGGUUCUCGGGGAUCGCUGCGGUGUACCUCCCGCUCUGGCUCGUCCUCCUGGUGGGCGCGUUGCUUGGGCUUGUCGGGAAUGGCAUCCAGUACCUCUUCGUGGCUGGCAAGGUCACCUCGGUCUCGUACCCCGGGAUGUUUCUCCUCGCCGUCCUCGCCGGGAACAGCAUCUGCUGGAUCAACACGGUGUGCUACGUGGUCGCGAUCGACAACUUCCCGCUCCACUGCCAGCUCGCCGUCGGGCUCACCACCAGCUACCAAGGGCUGAGCGCUAGUGUCUACACGGAUAUAGUUGACGCCGCACUCAACAAGCGCGGCGGGACUGGGGCUAGAGCUAAAGCAUAUCUGCUUCUCAAUUCAGUCCUGCCAAUGGCCGUGUCGCUAGUCACCGCGCCUUUUGUUCGGGUUGUCAAUGCAGACGGUCCAGGGGCGGGCAAAAAUGCGCACAGCAGGUUCAUAAUCCUAUUCAUCAUAACGAUCGCGACCGGAAUUUACGCGGUGGUGAGCAGUAUGGGGUCAGUGUCGGGAGCGUUACCGGCGGUGUACAAUGCGAUGGGGAUGGGCAUCUUCCUCCUGAUCCCCAUCAUUAUACCGCUCGCGGAAUGCGUCAAGCACGUCCUAGCCCGCACCGAGAAGAGCGUACACGACGUGGUGACCGAGCAAGAGAACAGCGACCACGGCGGAGACGAGAGUGGCCUCAAGUCAGAGGCCCAUCCCCAGGUUGGCGACCAAGAAGAGGCGGUUGUUGUGGUUCCCCCAAGUGAAGAAGUGGCAAUUAAUGGUGUCAGAGAGGAGGUUGGAGCCAGAGUGAUGGUGAAGCGAGUCGAGUUCUGGCUCUACUUUUUCGUGUACCUGUUCGGGGCGACGCUCGGGCUCGUGUUCCUCAACAACCUGGGGCAGAUUGCCGAGUCCCGGGGCAGCUCAAAGACGUCGUCGCUGGUCUCUCUCUCGUCAUCGUUCGGGUUCUUCGGGCGGCUGAUACCGUCUCUCUUCGACUACCUCUUCAAAAGCAGAAAGUACGUGGUGUCGAGACCGGCAUCAAUGGCGGUACUGAUGGCACCGAUGGUCGGUGCCUACUUCCUGCUCCUCAGCCCUGCCACGGCAGCGCUCUACGUGAGCACCGCCAUCAUCGGCGUCUGCACUGGGGCCAUCACGUCCAUCUCCGUGGCGACCACCCCCGAGCUCUUCGGGACCAAGAACUUCGGCGUGAACCACAACAUCCUUGUCACCAACAUCCCGAUCGGGUCCUUCAUCUUCGGAUACGCCGCGGCGCUGCUC